AUGUCAAAGGGACCCAUCACAUGCCAUGUCCUUGAUGUCUCUCUUGGAAGACCAGCAGAGGGGGUGGAAGUCAACAUUCAGAUCCAUCAUAAAGGACAGAGAAAUGUCGACAUCUUCAGUCCAUUUGCACAUGGCGUCACAGAUGCCGAUGGGCGAUGCUUGAACUUGUUGCCUCCACGAGGGUCCGAUGAGGCUAGGUUGCAGAAUACACAAGUGGGUGCUGGGACUUAUAAGAUCGUCUUCAAGCCGAAGGAAUAUUUUGAGAAGACAGGCAGAAAAUGUUUUUAUCCCUGGGUGGAGAUCACUUUCGAGAUUGAAAACCCGGAAGAACAUUACCACAUCCCACUUUUGAUUAGCCCGUAUUCUUUUACCACUUACAGAGGAAGUUGA